GCAGUGUAGGGGACACGACACAGCACACCGGCAACCGCAGUUACCGCACCCUUCCUUUUAUACAGAGGGCGGAAUCUUCUCCGCUGCCCUCCAGCCUGACACCGCCCGGUUCUGUGACGCUGCCGAAAGUCGCUCUGCGCCGACAUUGCUAUAUGAAACGUCAGUGGCGCGCGACUACUGGCCGCUUCACAGCACCGAGCGGCAGGGGUCAGUGCUGCGCUACUCUCGGCCCCGUCACAGCACCGGGGAUUGUAGCCGGGCGAAGUGGCCGAGACACUGAGCGUGAAAAGAACAUUGACAGAUACUGUACUGACUGAGCAUUUCAUGCCUGCCUUGCAGCACCGAAACGUCGGCCUUGCUUAGGCAUUCUGUAAUUCUUUUAUAUGCUUCAGUAAAAACUUCUAUUCAAAUUUGAGUGCCGCAGUCUCCACGUUUGCUAUCCAUCAUCUUUACUGAAGGCACCAGGAAGCAACUUUUCCAGCACGGAGUGACGCCUAAUUUCUAUUCAUCCACAAACGACAGAGUGAGGAGAGAUGCCCACUGAAAGUGGAAGCUGGGCAGCUGCGCGGCAGACGAAGCAGAAACGUAAAUCUAACAGUCUGACUUUAAAACGGACAAACAGCUCUGAGCAAGAUCGACCCAGCUUACAAAGAGACAUGCUGGAGGGACAGGAUUCCAAGCUACCAUCAUCAGUGCGAAAUACACUCAUGGACCUUUUUGGGCAAAUAGAACGGGAAUUUGAGAACCUCUACAUUGAGAACUUGGAAUUGCGACGUGAAAUAGACACAUUGAACGAACGUCUGGCAGUAGAAGGGCAGACAAUUGAUGGAGCGGAAUUAAGUAAAGGUCAAAUGAAAACAAAAGCUAGUCAUAGUACCAGUCAGCUGUCACAGAAGUUGAAGACAACUUAUAAAGCAUCAACUAGCAAGCGCUCACAUUUCUCAGACAAGGCACGCCGAUCUCAUAACUCCAGAGUGCGAAGCUGGGAAAUAUGGGGUGGAGACUCCUGGAUUGUCUCCAGCUUCAAAACCACAACCUCUCGAGCGAUCUGCCAGUUGGUGAAAGAUUAUGUUGGCCACAGAGAUGGGCUUUGGGAUGUCAGCGUUACACGGACACAGCCGGUUGUGCUGGGGACAGCUUCUGCCGAUCAUACAGCAUUACUGUGGAGCAUCGAGACAGGAAAAUGCCUUACCAAGUAUGUUGGCCAUGUUGGAUCAGUAAACUCGAUAAAAUUUCACCCCACAGAUCAAUUGGCAUUAACAGCAUCUGGGGACCAGACGGCUCACAUCUGGCGCUAUAUGGUGCAGUUACCCACUCCACAACCGACUGCAGACACCAGCAUUUCUGGAGAGGAGGAAGUGGAGUUUUCAGAUAAGGAUGAACUUGACCCAGACGGAGAUAUCUCCAGUGAUUGCCCUACAAUCCGAUCCCCCUUAACAUCACUUAAAAGCCAUCAGGGUGUGGUCAUAGCAGCUGACUGGCUGGUUGGUGGAAAGCAAGCAGUCACCGCAUCAUGGGAUAGAACUGCCAACUUGUAUGAUGUAGAGACAUCUGAGCUUGUCCAUUCUCUUACAGGUCAUGACCAGGAGCUAACGCACUGCUGUACACAUCCCACACAACGUCUCGUAGUGACUGCUUCCCGGGACACAACUUUCCGCCUGUGGGAUUUCAGAGACCCCUCAAUACAUUCUGUGAAUGUCUUCCAGGGCCACACAGAUACUGUGACUUCUGCGGUAUUCACGGUGGGGGACAAUGUUGUGUCAGGAAGUGAUGACCGCACUGUGAAAGUUUGGGAUUUAAAGAAUAUGAGAUCACCCAUCGCCACCAUUCGUACAGAUUCUGCUGUAAACAGGAUUAGUGUUUCUGUCAGCCAAAGGAUCAUCGCCCUACCACAUGACAACAGACAGGUUCGGUUAUUCGAUAUUUCUGGAGUACGAUUAGCACGUCUCCCUCGCAGCAACAGACAGGGCCACCGUAGAAUGGUCUGCUGCUCAGCUUGGAGUGAGGAUCACCCUACAUGCAACCUCUUCACUUGCGGCUUUGAUCGCCAGGCAAUAGGAUGGAACAUAAACAUCCCUGCACUGCUGCAAGAAAAAUAAACGGAAGAUUAAAAAGAAAUCUAUAUAUUGGUUGACUUUUUUUGUGUUUUUAACAUGAACAUUGUUUUCAUCUUUGCAAGCAAUUCCUGGCCUGUCGUCAUUGUGAGAUCCCAAACAUGAGUGCUUUGUAAAUGUGUUCUCAUUCUCUCAAUCUGCAUGAUGAUUCUGAGUGAAAACUAGAAAUAGGAGACUCCUUUUUCUUAGAUCAUUUUAUUAAGGACAUAUUUCAUUUGGGAUCCCAUCAGUGAAAAGCUGAUUGACUUAUGUCGCCCGGAGCACAAAGUCCUGCUUAGCUUCUGUUGUUAUCCAAGUAGAUGAGCAGUAGGGCAUUACAUUUCUGUAAAAUAAAUGUGAAUCUCAUGUCAUUGUUGUGAAGGAUGUAAUAGUCUGUUCCAUUUAUACAUAGGCAGAUUUGCCUCCUGUAUAAAGAAAAAAAAUACAUAUAAAAACACAAAGUAAAUUAUAAACUGUUACAGAAAUAAACUAUGAAAGUGUGUAUUUCACUCACUGCAUAGUUCAGCAUUAAAGAAUGUCUUAAGGCAUUCGCUCAUUCUGGUAUUAUUAGUCUGUUUUGACUCAAGCUUCAGCAUUUUACCUUAUGGGGUUUUUUUUGUUUGUUUUUUGUGUACAUUUUUAUUCUUUGUGUGUUUGAAAGAAAUUAGUUUUUGAGCCAGGGUUUUAGUCCUUUUAGAGCAGUUUUGAACAUAGUAUUAAAAUAACUGUUCUGCUGCUGUGGUUAGCAGGGCAGGGUGGAAUAUGUAGUGCCACUGGUUGCCAAAGUCUAGUUUAGAGUUAAAUAAAAUUAUAAUCUAUUGAGAACCUUUUUGAUGUGGUAGUGUUAGAGGUUGCCCAAGUUCGGUUUAGAUUUAAAAUGAUAAUAUCUCAUGUGCCUGUUCUUCUGAAAAUUGCAAUCGGGCACACAAUGUGAGUUUCAAUCACCAAAAUAUUAAAGCAGAUUUAAAGCACUUUAGCUAUGAGAUGCCGUUAUGAACAAUUUGUAACACUCUCAAAUAGCAUUUUCACUAACCGUGAGAUGACCUUGUUAGACUUUGACAACACUUAAAGCAAUUUCCAAAAAAUAAAAAGGGCUUUGACAGGUUUUUUUUCUUA